AUGCUAACUCCUCCGUCAACAACAAAUGACCAACAGAAUGAAAAUGAGCAAGCAAUUAUGAGUCAAAUUGAUGAGUUGAAGCACUUAUUUCUGGAUCAUAAACGGAUCAUAGACGACAAAUCAAGUAACCUUGAAUCGAUAUCUGAAGGUAUAAACGAAGUGCAAGGAAAGAGCGAUAUUAACGGAAUAAUUGAGGACAUUAGAAUAGAUCUAAAUGACUUGCUUAAUACUUUUCAGGGAAAACUUGAUACUACAUAUUCGGAGCAAAGACAAGUAGAGGAACGAGAGAAUAGUCUUCUAGAUACAUUCGAGUCAUUAACAGCAAUAGAAAACGAACAUAGAACUGAGACACCGCAUGAAGCAGUAUCUCAACUACAGGGUUACUUGCAUUCAAAUGGACACAAUUUAGGCAUCUUGAGCCACUGCUUCAAUGACAUUUUGGACUCGGCCAACGGGUUGAUGUCGAGCAUACCGAUGAACAAGACCAACAUCACACACAUGAACGAACUAAUCUCUCUGAUAGAAGGCUGUAUAGGGUCAUUUUGCACAUAA